AUGAUUCACCAAAAAGACGGCCUCUUGGUCUAUCAAUUUGAUGGAGAGCAAGUAUGGAUCCAGCCAUGGGGUUCUGAUGCCUUCCGAGUCCGAGCUACCAAAGCCCAUGUGAUGCCAACCAAGGCAUGGGCAUUGGAAGAAGAGCCCGAACAAGUCAGAACUGACAUCUCAUUCGCCGAAGACGGCUCAGCCACCAUACGCAACGGACAGGCCAAGGUAGUUGUAAGCAAGCGGGGAAAGAUUACCAUCUACAACGCCGACGGCAUCGUCGUCCUCGAAGAGUUUGCUCGGAACCGUCGCGACCUGCUUGAUGCGAAAUGUAGCGCCAUCGAGGUCGAAGCUCGCGAGUUCAAUCCCCUCCGAGGCGGCGACUAUCAUCUCACACUUCGCUUUGAGAGCCAGAGAUCCGAUGAAAAGAUCUUUGGAAUGGGCCAGUAUCAACAGCCCUUCCUGGACCUCAAGGGGCUCGAUCUCGAGCUAGCGCACCGCAACUCGCAGGCCAGUGUUCCUUUUGCGUUGUCUUCUCUAGGCUACGGAAUUCUUUGGAACAAUCCUUCGAUUGGCCGCGUCGUAUUUGGGAAAAAUACGACCUCCUUUGAGGCGUACUCUACCAAUAUCCUAGAUUACUGGGUUGUGGUCGGGGAAACGCCCGCCGACAUCGUGCAGCGUUACGCAAGUGUGACUGGCAAACCUCCUAUGAUGCCAGAGUAUGGGUUGGGCUUCUGGCAGUGCAAACUCCGUUACGAAACUCAGGAGGAGCUUCUAGAAGUCGCCCGAGAGUACCACCGCCGGGAGCUUCCUCUCGAUCUGAUCGUCAUCGACUUCUUCCACUGGCCAUUGCAAGGCGAGUGGAAAUUCGACCCUCAGUAUUGGCCCGAUCCAGAUGCCAUGAUUCAGCAGCUUCGUGAGUGGAAUAUCGAGCUCAUGGUCUCGAUCUGGCCGACAGUGGAUCAGAGAUCACCCAACUUCCAGGAGAUGCUCGAGCACGGCUUCCUAGUCCGCACCGAGAGGGGUGUUCGAACCAACUUCGAGUUCGAAGGUUCUACCGUAUACUACGAUCCCACUAACCCAGGUGCUCGGGAGUAUGUCUGGAACAAGGCCAAACAGAACUACUUCUCCAAGGGUAUAAAGACGUUUUGGCUCGACCAAGCCGAGCCGGAGUAUUCCGUCUACGACUUUGAAAACUACCGCUACUUCCUGGGCCCGAACCUAUCUGUUGGCAAUAUCUAUCCUAAAGAGUACGCCCGAACGUUUUUCGAAGGUCAGAAAGAGGCUGGCCAGAAGAACAUCGUCAACUUGCUCCGCUGCGCGUGGGCCGGCAGCCAAAAGUACGGCGCGCUUGUCUGGAGCGGCGACAUCGCUUCCUCGUGGGGCAGCUUCCGCAACCAGCUGGCAGCCGGAUUGAACAUGGGCAUCGCAGGACUGCCUUGGUGGACGACCGACAUUGGAGGUUUCCACGGCGGUAACCCUAAUGAUGAAGCCUUUCGUGAGCUCUUUGUGCGGUGGUUCCAAUGGGGCGCGUUCUGCCCCGUGAUGAGACUGCAUGGAGACCGAGAACCAAAGCCGGGGAAUCUGGCUUCGAGCAGCGGAGCGGCCAACGAGAUCUGGUCUUAUGGCCCUGAAGUGUAUGGCAUUUGCCGCAAGUAUCUCCUUAUCCGCGAGAAGUUGAGAGACUACACGCGGCGGCUGAUGGCUGAGGCCCAUAAGUGCGGGUCGCCUGUGAUCCGAUCGCUGUUUUACGAAUUUCCGGGGGAUGAGAGGUGCUGGCAGCUUGGGGCUGAGCAGUACAUGUAUGGCGAUGCCUAUCUCUGCUGCCCUGUUGUUAAUCCUGGCAUCACAAAGGCAAAAGUCUAUCUACCGAAACUGGUUGGUGAAGAGCGAUGGAGAACUCUUCCUCAUGAGGGCUCUGAGGAGCAACGCUUUGAGGGCGGGCAGGAGAUUGAGAUUGAGUGCCCUCUGGACUGGAUGCCAGUGUUUGUGAGAAAUUCAAAGGCAGAAGUGAUUCUGCUGAAGUCAGAAUAG